UAUACUCUCCGAGCAGAUAUCUAGGUUCUGUUUCUGAAAAUUUUCAUAAUGCAUUGGAAAAGUACGUAAAGGAGAAUCCUGAUAAUCUAUUUGGUGAAUCCCUCGAAGAAAGCUCAUUGUCUGGACCAGCAUUUAUAAAACUCAUGCAUCUUAAAUACUUGCAUAGUCUUGUUGAACCUGGAGAAGCAGUUGGUUUAUUAGCUGCUCAAGGUAUUGGAGAACCUUCAACCCAGAUGACUUUAAAUACUUUUCAUUUUGCUGGUUUUGGUGCAAAAAAUGUUACGCUUGGUAUCCCCCGUCUUCGUGAAAUUAUAAUGACAGCUUCUGCUGAUAUCAAAACGCCCAUGAUGACUCUUCCUUUACGAAAUUAUGUUUCUGAUGAAGAUGCCAAGAACUUCUGUCAAGAAAUUAGUAAAUUAACACUUGCUGAAGUUAUAGAACAAAUGACAGUACUUGAACAAAUUAUUCGAAAACAAGGUGAUUCUGGAUCAACCGAAGCAAUACGUAAAAAAAUGUAUACAAUUCGUAUGGAAUUUUAUCCAAAACACGAAUAUAAAGAAGAAUUUAAUAUUUUGCCAUGUAAUAUUGAGGAUGCGAUUGAAUUAAAUUUUAUUAAAUAUCUUGAACUUUCCAUAAAGAAAGAAGUCAAGCAUGCUAGUAAUAUAAACAACACAGUUGAUGUUGCAAAUUUUGAUUUUGGAAAGCCACUCAGAAAAUCAAAGGAAUUAAGAAACGAAACAUUUGAUGAAAACGCGCCUAUUCGAAACGUCGGCGGAGAUGAAUCAGAUGAUGGGGAUGGUGAUGCGACAAAUGCAAAGGUUCGUUUAAGAACUCGAGAACAUGCUACAUAUGAUGCACCUGAUGAGGAUGAUUUAGAGGUAAUCCGACAAAACCAAAGAGCUUUCCCCGAUGAAGAGGAUUUUGAAACAACAUUUGAAGAUGAAAAUAAUAAUAAUGAGCAUCCUAAUGGUUUAAAUGAAGAGAAUGAGCAUGACAAAGGCACAUCAAGCACAUCUUCACGUCGACAGAGAAAUAAUAGAGUUGUAAAUGGAUUAAAGGAUAGAAGUGACAGAAUUAUAUUGGGUUCAAGUUAUGUCACCAAUUAUCUCUUUGAUUAUGACAAUGGUAUGGCUAAAUCUGCAAGUAAAAAGGCAGUUAUACAUGAAAUUCAUGGUAUUUCAAAAUGUUAUCCUAUUGAGAACGAAACUCAUGAUGAUGCUUCAAAAAUAGUUGCAACGGAGGGUGUUAAUUUCUACAAUAUUUGGAAAUAUGACAAUAUAAUAGAUUUAAAUAACAUUUAUUCCAAUGAUAUAGCCGCUAUUCUCAAUACUUAUGGCGUCGAGGCAGCAAGAGCAGCUAUUCUAAAGGAGAUUUCGGGUGUUUUUGCUGUAUACGGUAUCGAUGUAAACCCCCGACAUUUAACCUUAGUUGCUGAUUAUAUGACUUUUGAAGGAAAAUACAAACCAUUCAAUAGAAUUGGUUUAGAUACAAGCACUUCUCCUUUAUUAAAAAUGAGUUUUGAAAGUACAUGUUCUUUUUUAACACAAGCUACUCUUCAUGGAGAUACUGAUUUAUUGGAUUCACCAUCAGCCAGAUUAGUAUUAGGUAAAGUUAUUCAAGGCGGAACAGGAUCUUUUGAAGUUAGAGUUCCAUUUGAAUCAAUUCCAAAAUAUCUUAAAACUUGA